GUUCGACUACGAGUCUUCCUAACGAGCCGACCCGAGAUUCCAAUCCGACACGGUUUCUACCAGAUAUCGGAUACUGAACGCCGGGACUUUGUGCUCCAUAAUAUAUCACCAUCGAUUGUUGAUCAUGAUAUCAGUAUCUAUCUAGAAUACAAACUUAGACUUCUCACCCAGGAACGCUCCUUCGCGGCCGACUGGCCAGGAAGGGAGAUCAUUAAGAGUCUUGUUCAAAAUGCUAGCGGCCUAUUCAUCUGGGCGGCAACCGCACACCGCUUCAUA